AUGUCGAAGAAGAACAAUCUCGCAAAGAGAAAGAGGCAGCACGAAUUCGAACUCCGAAGAGAAAAACUCGAGAAGGAGAAGAAAGAUAAGAAGCUUCAGGCGAAGAAAAACAAGAUGAAAGUUGAUGGUAGUGACAGGAAAAAGAAGGGCGGAAGUGGGUUUCAGGUGGGAAAGAAGAAACUGAAGACCAAGUUAUCGGCUCUGUCUAAAGCUAAAGCCGCACAGGCAAUGGAGCUUGAUAAAUAA